AUGCUGCAGUGCCGGCUGGCCGAGGAGUUCAGCUUUGGGCCCCGGGCCUUGAAGGACGCGCUGCUGUCCACUGACCCCGCCCUGCGGCAGCUCUACACAGCCACCUUCUCCCCGGCCGAGAGGCUCUUCCUGGCCGAGGCCUACAACCCCCAGAGGACGCUCUUUGGCACGCUGCUCAUCCGAACGGCCUUCGACUGGCUCCUCAGCCGCCCUGAGGCCCCCGAGGACUUCCAGACCUUCCAUGCCGCCCUGCCGCCCCGGAAGCAGAGCCUCGCUCGGAAGCACAUUUACCUGCAGCCCAUAGAUCUAAGCGAGGGGCCGGCAGGCAGCGCGCUUCUGGACCAGCUGAGGAGCUGCACGGAGGCCUUCUUCCUGGGCCUGCAGGUCAGAUGCCUGCCCUCGGUGGCAGCCGCCUCCAUCCACUGCUCAUCCCGCCCCGGUCAGGACCCCGACAGGCUCCAGCUCCACACUGACGGCAUCCUGUCCUUCCUGAAGAGCAGCAAGCCAGGGGACGCGCUGUGUGUGCUGGGCCUCACGCUGUCCGACCUGUACCCCCGCGAGGCCUGGACCUUCACCUUCGGCACGUUCCUUCCGGAGCACGAAGUGGGCGUCUGCAGCUUUGCCCGGUUCUCGGGGGAGUUCCUGCCGCGGGGGCCCAGCACACCUGACCUGGCGGAGGUGGAGGUGGCCGCAGGUGGCCCCGAGGUGCCCCUGCAGGAUGGGGGCCAGGCCGUGUGCUUCAGUGCCCUGGGGAUGGUCCAGUGCUGCAAGGUCACGUGCCAUGAGCUGUGUCACCUCCUGGGCCUGGGGAACUGCCGCUGGCUCCGCUGCCUCAUGCAGGGCGCGCUGCGCGUGGACGAGGCCCUGCGCCGGCCCCUGGACCUCUGCCCCAUCUGCCUGCGCAAGCUGCAGCACCUGCUAGGCUUCAGGCUGGUGGACAGGUACAAGAGACUCUACGCCUGGACACAAGCGGCGGCGGGGACACAGCCGGGCCCAGCAGCGGCGGGGGAGCCGUCCGUGUCGGAGGACACCCUGCCCUGCAGCGCAGACUCGGGGCUGUGCUGUGAGAGCGACUCGGAGCCAGGCAGCAGCCUGUCGGAGCCCCUGUCGCCCGACGCCUGGAGCCAGGCCUUCCCUGCAGGCCUUGAGCUGGAGCCCGAGGACGGGCUGGGCUCCCUGGCAGCCACGGAGGGUCCAGGGGAGGCCCUGGCAGAGCACGGGCGCUGGCUGGCGGCCUGCAUCCAGGCCCUGGAGAGGGAUGUGAGCGAGGGGGAGCUGGAGCAGGUGGACGGCGCUGUGGACGCGCUGGCCCCCUGGGACCUGUUCACAGGGCAGCUCCCGGCCCCCCGGCAGGACCUGCCCUGUGGCCGCGAUGGCGUGGGGCUGCGCAGGGUCCUGGGGGACACGUUCUCCUCCCUCCGGAGGAAGCUGAGUGCUCGCAGGCCGUCUAGGGCCGAGUCGUCUCCCCGGCGCCAGAAGGCGGAGGACGACUAG